AAGAGGGCGUUAUAUCACUCGAUUAUUUUAUUUUCUUUUUUACGUUUCACAAAAAAAAGCGCCAACGAAUUUGGAUCCAAUUCUCUGCCCAUUUUAUCUAUCUCCCACUAAGAUUGAAAGGCUGCAAGGCAAUUUCAGUCUCACUCGUUCUGAUUAGAGGGUCUGAGGUUCGGUGGUGGCAGUAAUGGAUCGGCUUAAGGCUCCUGCUCGCCUCAUGAUAGUUUCUGAUCUUGAUCAUACAAUGGUUGAUCAUCAUGAUCCUGAGAAUAUGUCACUGCUUAGGUUUAAUGCGUUAUGGGAAGCCCAUUAUCGUCAUGAUUCUCUGCUCGUUUUCUCUACCGGAAGAUCGCCCACACUUUACAAGCAGCUGAGGAAAGAGAAGCCCAUGUUGACUCCAGAUAUAACUAUAAUGUCUGUUGGAACUGAGAUCACAUAUGGGAACAAGAUGGUGCCAGAUAAUGGUUGGGUUGAAAUUCUGAAUCAGAAAUGGGAUAAGAACAUAGUCACUGAGGAAGCAAGCAAGUUUCCUGAACUUAAUCUUCAGUCAGAAACGGAGCUACGGCCGCACAAGGUUAGCUUUUAUGUUGACAAAGAUAAGGCUCAGACGGUAAUUAAGGCUCUUUCAGAGAUAUUCCAAAAACGAGGGUUGGAUGUUAAAAUAAUUUAUAGUGGAGGAAUGGAUUUGGACAUACUACCACGAGGCGCUGGCAAAGGACAGGCUCUUGCUUAUUUGCACAAGAAGUUUAAGACUGAGGGAAAACUACCUAACAAAACUCUUGUUUGUGGUGACUCUGGAAAUGAUGCCGAACUAUUCAGCAUUCCAGAUGUAUAUGGAGUCAUGGUUAGCAAUGCACAAGAGGAAUUGUUGCUGUGGUACACUGAAAAUGCUAAAAAUAAUUCUAAAAUAAUUCAUGCAAGUGAAAGGUGUGCAGCAGGUAUCAUACAAGCCAUUGGACAUUUUAGCCUUGGUCCAAAUACUUCUCCAAGAGAUGUAACAGAUGUUUCACAGAAUGAGUUGGACAACCUUAGUCCUGGCAAUGCAGUAGUGAAAUUUUUCUUGUUCCUCGAGAAAUGGAGGCGCGCAGAAAUUGAGAAUUGUGAGAUGUACUUGGCAAGCGUGAAAGCUGAUUGUGAUCCAUCUGGUAUCCUUAUCCAUCCUUCUGGUGCUGAGCUAACUCUUCAUGAUGCUGUAAAUGGACUGAGAAGUCACUACAGCGAGAAAAAGGGAAAGCCAUUUCGGAUUUGGGUUGAUCAGGUCAUACCUACAAAAAUUGGUUCAGAUGCAUGGCUAGUAAAGUUCAAUCAGUGGGAAUCAUCUGGUGAUAAGCGGGAGGGUUGUGUGAACACUGCUAUAAUAAAUAUAAAGAAAUCUGUGGAAGCAACUUUUAUGCACCUUCAUCAAACAUGGUUGGAAGGAUCAACAGUGGAAGAUCAAUCAGCUUGGGUCUUCUAGAUUUGGUUGCAGCUUCCCCCUAAUGCUUCAAAGUGACAGAUGCCUGUAAAAUUCUUCAGUUAAAAUAAAAGCAAUCAACUGAUUAUACAUUCCAGUUUUGUAAUUCAGUGGUUGAUGUAUGAACAUCAACUUUGUUAAGAUUGCUUAUUAUAUCAAAUAGAAAAUCUCUACUCAUACAUGGAUCUUCGAUGAGAA